GUAAAAACAGCCUUCCAUUAGUGGACUCACGGCCCAAAUCACAUACCCAAACAGCCGAACCUGUUUGAGCUCCCUUCUUCUCCUUCUUCUUCUUCUUCUUCUUCAUCUUCAGUUUGAGUUUCAACAGGAAAACAAAUACAUCGUGCGACUAGUUUUUGAUUGUAAGUUCAUAACACUACAACUGUUUACUGUGCCCAUCUGUUUUGUGAAAGCACAAUCUUACGAGAGAUAGAGGGGAAAUCUUUCGCCACGGUCUGACCGUCUGAAUCGCCACCGGCUAUCAUGGAGGUGGAUGAGGAAAACCCGGCAUCAACUUCUCCUACAGAGGCAUCUGAUUUGGGUCCUGAUAGUCAAACAUUGGUUUCCAGUGUUCAUGCUACUCCACUUCAGCCAAUCCAACCUUUAGUUCCACCCGUUGUUGUGCCUCCUACUGCUCCUAUUGUUCCUCCUAUUGCUCCAAUUCCUUCAAUUCUUCCUCCCCCGGUUAUUCGCCCAUUGGCACCUCUCCCAGUCCGCCCUCCUGUUUUAAGGCCUCCCAUUUUGCAAAAUGGUGAGGUGAGAGAGAGUGACUCGGAUUCAGACAAUGAAGAUACAGGUCCAACCCGUACUGCUCCAGGUACAACUGGGGAAUAUGAGAUAUCUGAGGAGAGCAGACUGGUGAGAGAGCGGCAGGAAAAAGCAAUACAGGAGCUCAUGAUGAAGCGUCGUGCUAAGGCUCUUGCUGUGCCUACUAAUGACAUGGCUGUCCGGACUCGUCUUCGCAAGCUUGGUGAACCUAUGACUCUUUUUGGAGAAAGAGAGAUGGAAAGACGUGAGAGGCUGCGGAUGAUUAUGGCAAAACUGGAUGCUGAAGGGCAGUUGGAGAAACUGAUGAAAGCUCAUGAGGAGGAAGAGGCUGCAGCUGCUGCUGCAAAAGCAGAUGUUGAGGAAGAAAUUAUUCAAUAUCCCUUUUAUACAGAAGGGACGAAGACUCUUAAGGAUGCCAGAGUUGAUAUUGCAAGGUACUCUCUUGUGCAGGCAGCUUUGCGUAUUAGACGUGAGCAGAGGAAAAGGGAUGAUCCAGAUGAAGAUAUGGAUGCAGAGUUGGAUUGGGCUCUGGGGCAGGCAGCGAAUUUGGUGCUUGAUUGCAGUGAGAUUGGGGAUGACCGGCCACUCUCUGGUUGUUCUUUCUCACGAGAUGGAGAAAAGCUGGCUACCUGUUCUUUAAGUGGCGUUACUAAGUUGUGGAAAAUGCCUAAUGUUGAAAAGGAAUCUACACUGAAGGGACACACAGAGCGUGCUACUGAUGUCGCAUUUUCUCCUGUGCAUGACCAUCUAGCUACUGCCUCUGCUGACCGUACUGCAAGGUUGUGGGACACUAGAGGAUCUUUGUUGAGGACAUUUGAGGGCCAUCUGGACCGCCUCGCACGCAUUUCCUUCCAUCCUUCAGGGAAGUACUUGGGCACUACUAGCUUUGACAAGACUUGGAGAUUAUGGGAUGUAGAAAAUGGGGAGGAGUUGCUUCUUCAGGAAGGUCACAGUAGGAGUGUCUAUGGGCUAGACUUCCACCGUGAUGGAUCACUAGCUGCAUCUUGUGGACUGGAUGCACUUGCUCGUGUUUGGGACCUUCGAACUGGUAGAAGUAUUCUUGCCUUGGAGGGCCAUGUCAAGCCAGUUUUGGGAAUCAGCUUCUCUCCCAAUGGAUAUCAUUUAGCCACCGGGGGUGAAGACAAUACCUGUCGAGUCUGGGAUCUAAGAAAGAGAAAAACUUUGUAUACGAUACCAGCACAUUCUAACCUCAUUUCAGCAGUAAAGUUUGAGCCUCAGGAAGGAUAUUUCUUGGUAACUGCUUCCUAUGACAUGACAGCUAAGAUUUGGUCUGCCCGAGAUUUUAAGCCUGUGAAGACACUUGCUGGACAUGAAGCAAAAGUCACGUCCUUAGAUGUUGCAGGAGAUGGGCGUUAUAUAGCAACUGUAUCACACGAUCGGAAAAUUAAGCUUUGGUCCAGCAGUAGCAAGGAGAAGGCUAUGGAUGUGGACUAGGUUGCUAAAUGCUGGAGAUGAUAAAAUAUUGGUGGAUCCUAUUUCCUGGAUUUUUUGGUCUAGAAACCCUUUAGGGAUGUGUGGAUAACAAAGCACAGGUUGCUUCAAGUUCAAAAUGUCUAAUGUGGAGUUGCACUUCUAACUAUGGGAGAUAUGGUUUAUGGGUAAAUGGAAGCUUUCAUUAUAUAUUGCAUUUUCCUGACUUAGGUUUCAUCGACCGUGUUAUUUUUCUAUUUCAAACUCUGAGCAGACUUAGAUAAUUUGUUGUAAGAGAUUUUGAGAGGAACCAUACUAACUGAAAUGCUUGGUGUACCUAAUCUUUACAGUGAUAGUUGUGAAAUCAUCCAGCAAGAAAACAGGAGUGAGUCUACGCAGUGUUGAAAAACUGUGUUGUGUUUUCCUUUGUGAGUCUGCGCAGUGAUAAUUGUUGAUUACUUGAACUUUCA